AUGCUCCAGCCACUGCUGGCCGAGCCGCCCAGGGAUCCCUGCCCCGCACUCCAGCCGCUGCCCCAUGUGCAGACUGGUGACCCCUGCCACGCGCCCCGGCCGCCACUGCCCGAGGGACCCGGGGAGCCCCACAGCGCGUUUCAGCCGCCGCCGGCCGGGGACCCCAGCCCCCGCGACACGCUUCAGCCGCCGCCGGCCGGGGACCCCUGCCCCCGCGACACGCUUCAGCCGCCGCCGGCCGGGCUGCUUGAGGACUCCUGCCCUGCUCCCCGGCUGCCACUGCCCGAGCAGCCCGGGGAGCCCUGCAGCGCGCUUCCACCGCCACCGCCCGGGGACCACUGCGCCGUGCCCCGGCUGCCGCUGCCUGGGCAGCGCGGGGAGCCCCAUGGCACACCACAGCUGCCGCUGCUCUGGCCACCAGGGGACUCCUGCUCCGCUCCCCAGCUGCAGCAGCCCGGGGAGCCCCACGAUGUGCCCCAGUCGUGGCUGCCUUGGCCACCAGGGGUCUCCUGCCCUGCGCCGCUGCCGCCUAUGCAGGCAGGGGAUCCCCACCACCUGCCCCAGCCGCCGCUCCCCGAGCCGCCGGGGGCUUCCCACCCCGCGCUCCAGCCACCACCCGCUCACGGUGCCCGAGGAGCUCCCUGA